AUGGUAAAUGAGGGAAAAGUCCUUGUCUGCUCGCUGUCUCUGUGUCUCGCUUCAUCCCUCUUCUCCUGCCCGCCAUCUUGUACGUGUAACAGCAGCAGUAUGGAGGUGGACUGCAGUGGACGAGGACUCACAUCUGUCCCCACAGAUAUCCCCCAGGACACCCGAAUCCUCCUGCUGCUGAACAACCGGAUAAGCUCUUUGUCUGGAGGCCCCUUUUCCAAUUUGACGGCCUUGCACCGCCUGGAUCUCUCCAACAACUUCCUUGACCUGCUGCCAUCACAAGUGUUUGUGGAACUGGUCAAUCUUACAGAGAUCCGCCUUCGCAAUAAUAGCAUUCGUGGCUUGGAACGCGACCUGUUUCAGGGCCUCCCGCAACUUCGUAGACUGGACCUCUCCCUCAAUUUCUUGUCCUUGCUGCCCUCGGGAUUAUUUGACGACCUCCAAACCCUGCACUGGUUGUCCUUACGCUCCAAUCGACUUCAGAGUCUGGAAAGGAUGACCUUUGAACCUCUAAGUAGCUUGGAGAACAUUCAGCUUGGUGACAAUCCCUGGGAGUGUGACUGCAACCUCAGAGACUUCAAGCACUGGAUGGAGUGGUUCUCUUAUCGAGGGGGGAAGAUUGACGAGCUGCAGUGCACCCUUCCAAAGGAACUGAGGGGGAGAGACAUACGCAUGGUUCCUGUAGAGAUGUUCAGCUACUGUUCACAGUUAGAGGAUGAGAACAGUUCAGGACCUGCUGAUAGGCCGGCUCCACCCUGCACCAAAACAAGCCCAGCCCAUGCAGAGCCAGAACCGAGUCCAGACUGUCCUCAAAGGCAGAAGUAUCGCCCUACAAGUGUCCGGCGAGCUAUUGGCACUGUGAUCAUUGCUGGAGUUGUUUGUGGUGUAGUCUGCAUCAUGAUGGUGGUCGCAGCAGCUUACGGGUGUAUCUAUGCCUCUCUAAUGGCAAAGUACCACCGAGAGUUGAAAAAACGUCAGCCCCUAAUGGGUGACGCAGAAGGAGAACAAGAAGAGCAGAGGCAGAUUUCAUCUGUAGCGUGA